ACAAUGUAUUAUCGUCGCAAGCUAACUUGUUGCGGCCGGCGUUGCUCGCCUACACCGCCAGUACCCUGCGAGGCGGGCCUCUGAACGGACUACACGCUGACAUUUUGGACACUUUGACAAAAUGGCGCGACGAUCCGACUAUACCCGAAUCGUCGAUGGAACACUUCAAAUCGAUAAUCGAUUCGUUAAUAUCACAAUCGAUAGAUUGCAAAGAUCCGUAUUUACAGAUAUUGGACAAUUUCAUAGAAGUGUAUUCUCAGUUUGUUAUCGUUGAGUGGAAUGUUUUUGCGGAUAAUAUUAAAGAUCGCCUCCCAAGAUGUUUGCCCGUAAUACGAAGACUGCUCAAACGCAAAAUUCGCAUCCCCGAAUUGAUACCGACACUGUUGAAGAUGGAUUUGAGAAUUUGGCUCGAAGACGUCAAAAUGGCCGAGUGUUUCGGCGCUGCUCUAACGUUGGAGUGUGAAAGAGACGGCGCCAUACAAAGUUUCAGAGAUAUGUUGAAGAGAGUGAAAAAUAGCGAGUCGUAUAUAAAAUUGUUGUAUUAUUCUCAAUUGGGCUGCAAGGAGGUUUGCGAUGAAAUUAAUUUUAAACAAGUGACUGAUCAAACAAGGAAGUUACCAAAAGCGCUCCAAAACAAAUGUCUGUCCAUACUAUCUUCGUACAUAUCCCAACGGACCAUAGACUACAAGACGUCUAUGUUCGAAACCAUAGAGCUGAGCGAGUUUUUGACCACGGACAACGUAGAAGCUUUGGAUUUGGUCGCAAACGGUUUGUUUUUAAUGGAGAACGGGUUCAAGAGGAGAAUUGUCACGCAAGCGUUGGAAUAUUGUGGUCAUAGUGCUGAGAGAGUUAGGAAAAUCGCGUUUAAGAUUGCAGCUAAAGCUUUUGAAGAACUUUACAAACCCCCCGCUAACACGGACGACUGCGCGCCCGCACCCAAAAGGCCUCGGAGAUGUAAACUCUCCGACCUUGCGAACGAGACUGACGCGUACGCGCUCAGCGUGUGCGCACGCGCAGCGGCCGGCGUGACGGCGCGACACAGUGACGUCACCGCCGCGGUCGGCGGGGCGCUGGCGGGCGGCGCGGGGGAGAGACUAGCAGACUGUCUCGCUCUAAUGUUGGUCGGCAAAGCGACGGAAAUACAUGCGUGUGCGCCGUUUCUUGAACUGUUCUUCGCAGAUUUAAGAAGUAAUGAGAAAUUUCUCAGUUGCAAACUGAGAGAUGACCCUUUGGAGCCCAUUGAAACUAAAGGCGCUUCGAACCUCCUCACCGAUAUAAAAUCCUGUCGAGGCACGCUUUUGAGUUACCGCGUCACAGCGGCGAGGAAAUCUAAUGUUACAGCUACCACAGACAAUACCGCCGAAAUAGACGUAGACGUGCAAGUGACCAUAGACAGCAUUCUAGAAGCGCUGCUACAAUAUGCUAAGAAACAACCUCGAGCCGGCCUCUCGCUCACCUGCCAGCUGGUGAGAGUCCUCCCCACCCACAACUCCCUCCCCCCCACCCUGGCCGCCUCACUAGCGCCCUCCAGCGCGCCGCUGACGCUGCCCGCCGCCCGCGCCGCGCUCGCCGGCGCCGAGAUCGGAGGUCUAGAAGAAGCGGUUAGCCGUCUGAGAGAGCUGUCUUCAGGGUCUGAUGAUGCGGGGCUGGUCCAAUGUUUGCACGAGGAGAUUCAGAUCAGGAAGGGUUGCGGUGUAUUUGAAUUGAGAUCAGAUCCAAUGCCGGAACAAGAGGUUAUGAUGGAGAAUACUCGCUUCACGAUACAAGAUCUGACGUCAUGUUUCUGUCGGUUGUCGAGUUGGGACGACCUGACAUACCAACAAAGGGCCGUCAAGAGAAUCGAUUUACCCGUGUUGUGGGUCGAUGAAGAUGCGUUCAAAAUUGCUUUGAAUAAUUAUAAAGAUUCCCAAAUAGGUGAAUCCUGGUUCGACAAGAUGGUGUUAUCAUACCACGAGGAGACAAGGAACAGCGCUCGUUGGCUGAGUGACGUGGCCAAGUGGCCGCGGAGGAGGUUCCAGGAGUCUGCUGUCGCCGAAGCUCUGUCCUGGCAGUUGGAAGAGGAGCCGUGGGUGUGCCGGAUGUCGAAGAGAGAUUGUCUCGUAGAAUGGUCGGCUAGGCUUAUGAUCAGAGCCGCUCAAGCAAACGAAAGAGAAGCAAUGUACCCGUCUCGUUCUAACGAAUUACUGUGGUGCGUGAGAGCGAACGAGAUGGGGCUAUAUCGCGGCGUGUUGCAAUGCUGCGAUCGGAAUAAUAUUGCAGAUUUGUAUGAUGAAGAAAAAAUAUCUUGGCAUCACCAGAAAUUGUUAAGUCUAAAAGGGAUGGCGCUCGAGCGUAACGAUAGAGAUUUACUGCGGGAUGCACUAGAUUCGGCAGUAAGCUUAACAUCAGAUUUACAAGAAAUCACACCGGACGCCAUUGGCAUAUACAAACAGAUAUUUUUAUUGCAGCAACAUUUAAACGAAUUAACCACAGCGAGUGUGAACGGUAUAUUAGAAAAGGUGACCCGACCGACGGAUCAAGAUUCGAUUCUGAACAGCAAAUCAACGCUCACAACUUUAUACGAAUUGGCGUUGGUACAUUACGACCGACAGUGGUCCGAUGAUAUAAAAAACCAAGACGAAGUCAUAAAGCAUCUUGCUAACACGUUAUACAAGAUGCGGGAGUCGAACGUGGGGCCUGCCGACAAGCACUUGGCCCUGUUACUCAACAGGCUGCGCGGGCACUCCGCUGGGAAGAUGGCGGACGGUGACGUCACAGAUACCAUAAUGAAAUUGUUUUACCCAGAAAACCAAUAUUUGGACGAGUUCACCACGGAACAGAUAUCUAACGUCCUACAUUUAUUCGGGAGGCGACCUCCAGGAACAUCAAAACUCGGGGAGUUGAAGAAAAUGUUGGCGACGAUACGUGACGCGAGCCACAGUAUGAUGGAGUAUUGCAGGAGAUUGGUGGGGGCUGUUGGUAGGAAAGAGAAAUGGUGCGAGAUAUUCGACAGAAUAAGAGACAUGAUGGAGAAUCCCUACGUCGGCUCCGACUACCAUCUGCUGGCCGCGCAGAAGGAGAAACUUUACGCUAUUGCCGAUUUUGAUUCCACCGCCAGAGAUGAGAAACUACAAACUUUACGCUCGGUCAUGGUGACACUGGACCUUCCGGCCAAGUCCAGUCUGCGCGUGCGCCAGCUGUGCCCGGCGCUGUGUCUCGCCGACUGGGCGGCCCUGGUGCCGGGGGGAGUCUCCAAGGUGGAGGACCAGGUGAGAGUGGCCGACCUCCUUCCAAGUCCAGUCUGCGCGUGCGCCAGCUGUGCCCGGCGCUGUGUCUCGCCGGCUGGGCGGCCCUGGUGCCGGGGGGAGUCUCCAAGGUGGAGGACCAGACGAUUUAUUGAAGAAGGUUUAAGGCUAUAUAACAGCACGCUGCCUUUCAAGACCGUGACAGUGAUAACAGACAGCGCCCGGCGGCCGUGCGUGAUAACACUAGUGUCUGCGCGCGGCGCGCGUCGCCGCUACAUGCACAAGGCCGGCGAGCCGCUGCUGCGCGACGCCGCGCUCAGCAGGCUCUGUCCGCCCCGCUACACGGUGAUCCCGACGAGCGCCGACAGCGGCCUCAUCGAGUUCUUGGAAGACCAUGAGACCCUGUUCUCACUGAUAAACAGCGUUUGCGAUCUGGACGAGAUAUCAAUGUCUGUGCCGAGGCCGGCGGACGACGAACUGAUAGUGAGCCCCACUCCGCACGCAUUCCAGCAACUACGAGACCGCGUGCCCGUCGACGCACUCAGAACCGCUGUCGAACGCAACAGUUCGUGCUUCGAAGACUUUCUGAUGAAGAAGAGGAAUUUCCAGGACAGCCUAGCGACCAUGGCCAUAUCUGAUUGGAUAUUAGGUCUGGGUGACCGCCACCUUCAGAACCUCCUGUGGUCAGCGAGGUCAGGCGGCGUGGUGGGCGUGGACGGCGGCGCGGCGAUGCGCGGCCGCGAGCUGCCCGCCGCGCGCCUCACGCCCUGCCUGCUGGCGCUCGGCGACGCACAAGUGCUGGAGAGUCGCCUGCAGACCCGUCUAUCAGAGUUACGGGAGUGUCAGUAUUUAUUCUGCAAUUUCGUCAAGAUGUCAUUCAUGUGGGACAAACAGAACAUUGACGAGAGGCUCCCGCACAUACAAGCCCUGCUCUCCGGGCGCUGCCUGUCCCGCGACGUGACGCGGGCGCUCCUCGAGAACUCCCGCGUGACGUACAAACACGCCUACUUGACACUUAUCGAUGAUGUUUUCAAGGACUUCGAGAGAAAGGAACAAUAUACUGUGGUAGAACAGAUAUCUUGCUUCUUAGUGCACUGCACCAGCCCCCGGAUACUGCAAGUCACCCGCGCCGGCUGGAUGCCCUGGGUGUAGGGUCCAGUCCCACCGGGCGGUCCCACGGUGGGACAAGUAGGUCGAUUUUGUACCGUGGGACAAAAGGGUCGAUUGUACCGUGGGACAAGUGGGUCGAUUAUGUACCGUGGGACAAGUGGGUCGAUUGUACCGUGGGACAAGUGGGUCGAUUUUGUACCGUGGGACAAGUGGGUCGAUUUUGUACCGUGGAACAAGAGGGUCGAUUUUGUACCGUGAGACAAGUGACACUAUGGAAACUACACUGUAGUUGUACCUUAUAUCAUGUAAACUUUUUAAAUA